AUGUCUGCACUCGACAGCGAUGCUGUGUGCUACUACCUAUAUGACCCAAAGUUGGUUCCUCCGGCGCGCAGCAAGUACAUCCGCGUCGUUUCGGAGCUGCUUGCCGGAUACUAUGACCCUUCUUACGUCGACAACGUCAAUAUUAUGGACAUUCUGCGCGGUGGGACGAUGGAGGUGGUGGAGCUGUGCGAGGAUGCUAAGUACGUCCUCUCGAAGGAACCAACGGUGCUCGACUUGCGGGUGAGUGAAGAGGACGAGUUUGUGUUUGUAGGCGACAUCCAUGGCCAGUUCAACGACUUACUGCAUAGUGUCUUGUCUGUUCAGCUGGCAAAGUCUACCCCAGUGCCGCCAAAGUGCACAAAUGUCGCUACGCAGCCGACACAGUGCAUAGAUGACAAGAAGGGCAACUGUGAAGUGGAUCCACCACUGUUCGUCACUUCAGCCCCGACGCUGUCUUCAUCCUCUGCGUCUCUGUCCUCUAGCACUGCCGCUCUGUGUCGCCACGACGACAGUAACGAUUUCGGAACUGACGCGGGAAAGAUAGUUCGGUUUUUGUUUCUCGGGGACUACGUUGACCGUGGCCCGCGCGCGGUGGAGGUAAUUGUGCUUCUCCUGGCUCUCAAGAUCGAAUACCCGAAGCACGUCUUUCUCCUACGCGGCAAUCACGAAGAGGCCCAGACCAACCGCCUGUAUGGCUUCUUUAACGAGUGCCGUGCAAAGUUCCUUAUGGUUCCACGCACCUGUGCCACCAUGCCUGACGUAAAGUCGAAGUACGUUGACGUGUGUGCCUCCCUCAUCCAGCGCUCACCGAAAAACGCUGCGAAGGAGAACGCGGGGGUGGAGUACCACAGUUCGCAUGAACAUCUUUUGCACCUGGGGGGAAUGUGCACCUCCCAACUAGCUUUCGACUCUGCCAGCAGCCGAGGGAACAGUAGCAACACGGAGGCGAAGUCCUCCUUGACCGACCCCGAUGUGGACGCGUGGAUGUCGUUCAACACGACCUUUCGCUGGCUCCCGUUGGUGGCCGUCGUGCGCUGCUGCGCGGGAUUAUUUUUUUGCACACAUGGGGGGCUGAGCCCGACUCUGCGCCGCAUUACACAGCUAGACCGUCUUAAGCGCGAGACGUACGGCACCGGUCUCUGCGAGACGAUCACGCCGCAGCUGAGCAGCAGCUGCGGCGUGACAGGCAGCCCGGAGCGGUCACCCCCUGGCGCCUACGGCAGUCCUACCUCGAAACGGGAGACGAACCAGAUCAUUGAUGGCCUCUUGUGGUCCGACCCAUCAGAUCACGAGGCAGGGUGUCAGGUGAACGUGCGGGGGUGCGGCUACUCAUUCGGCGCAGAUGUCACGCGUCGCUUUCUCGACUCUAACAGCGGCUACGCCCCCUCACAGCCGCUUUUGCUGCAGCUAGAAGUGAAUCAGGAGGAUGAGGAAGAGUGGGGCUCGUGUCCUGGAGCAACACCUCUAGGGAAGGAUCAGCACGUCGAAUCUCAGCGCAUGCACUUUAUCAUGCGCGCCCACCAGUGCGUCAAGGCUGGGUUUCAGUGGAACCAGGAGGGGUUGGUGGUGACCUUGUUCUCUGCCCCAAAUUACUGCGGCAUGAACGGCAACAAAGGCGCCAUUGCGAUACUUCGCGGUGAGGCACAGGCGCCUGGUGCUUCGAUUCAGCUCGGGUUCAAGGUGUACGAUAGUUACAAGCCUCCCUUGCCCAUCGGUGGAUCGCAGGUGACUCAUAGUAAGUCCGAGCAAACGAAGAGUGGAAGCAACCUGUCAGCGGCUGGCGGCACCCCGUCGCGCUGCCCAGCUCUCCCUCUGCGUGACCGAAACAUCGUGAACAAUCCCAUUUUGGAGGCAUACUUUGGGAGCAUAGCAACUCCAGAAAGCUGA